UUAGCAUGUGCGCCUGUUUAUGUAAACAAAAGCAGUUUCUGAACCAAAUGACCAAAUAUUAUCCAAAUCCAACGAGAUGACCGCCCGAAUGAUCCAACGCAGUCUGCACACGGCUGGCUUCUGUCUUCUGGCCAGAGUUCCUCGUCGCGCCAAUCCUGGACUGGGCUACCAACUGCAGCAGCUGCAGGAGCACCCGGCGAGGCCCAGCGAAGCUAGCGAGGAUUACGCCGAUCUGGAGUCGGAUUUCAUGGGCGUGCAAAAGACCCACAGGCAGUACGAGAAGGAGCAACAGCAGCAGCGUGAUCGCAUUCGUCAGUUUAUGAUCAAACACAAGUAUUUCCGGGAUGCCAAGUUGCCCAACCUCUUGCUCCAUGCGGAAAAGGAGCAGAUGCGACUGCUCCACGAGCGGGAUCCCGAGGAGUGGAGUGUGGAACGACUGGCGGAGAGUUUUCCCGCCACUCCGGAGAUAGUCCAAAAAGUUCUGAGGGCCAAGUGGCGACCGAGGAGUGUGCAAAGGAUCCGUUCCCAUGAUGAGACCGUCAUCCAGAAUUGGCAGCUCUUGAGGUCGGGAAAAGGUGAUUUCAAUCUACCUCCUGCUCUGCUGCAGCAUCUCCAGAAAUUCGCCGAGCGAAGGCGGCAGGAUUUGCGGGAACUGAAGACCCAGGAUUGGCCCACGAAACCACAACUGCCCACUCCCCAGGGAAACGAGUUCCGAAAGCUACUGGGCAGCAGCAAUCCAACUCCAGAGGAGCUGCCCCCACCACAAAUCUCCUCCGGCUAUGAAGCUCCACCCUCAGCCGCCGAAGAUGAGACCUAUUUGCUGGAUAAAAUCCGCAACAAAAAGAAAAUGCGCCUGCAGGACCUUAAAGACUUGAAGCUAGUGGAGUCUGUUCCUAAAGUUCCAGAAGAACUAAAGCGUCCCAUUGAGAAUCCCAGUGGCACUGGCUUCCUGCCCAGCUUCGUACCCAAGUUUGCAAGCAGCGAGAUUGUGAUCAGUGCAGCGGAUCAGCGAAAGUAUGAGAUAACCCAGGUGAAAACCAGGAUUGUUAUCCCUCGGAAACUGCAUCGCCAGGGAGCCACUUACCGCGUGGACGAUGCCUACUACGAUGAUGAUGGGGAACUGCUCUACCGAGUGCCUGGAAUGACCGGAUCCGGGAAGCGUCAAUAGCCGCCAUAAUGCUUUAGUUUAAAAAUAUUUAUUCGGAAAAGAGCAUUAUUAAGUAAUAGAAUUCGAAAAAUGUUCAAUCACAAGCGUUCUUCAGCACUAUAUAAAAAUAUAUAAAUCACUUGAUACACA